CAUGGUAUUUGCGUCGCUAUGUCGGCGGCUGGGUUUUAAAGACUCUGCGGGUUUUGGUGUUUCAGUGAGCGCGACCCCCCGCGGCCCGGACCCAUGGAGACCCCCAGAGACCCGGUGGAGCGUCUGUCCAGGAAGCGCCGCGACUCCUUCGGGCUGCUGGACGGUCCGGAGGAGGACCGGAGCAGCUGCAGCACCGAGUCCAGCGGGGGGGGCGGAGCCUCCAGCCCCGAGGACAGCGAGGAGGAGGAGGAGGAGGAGGAGCUGGGGUCCUCGCUGACCCUUAUCAAGACCAACGGGCAGGUGUACACCUACCCCGACGGGAAGAGCGGCAUGGCGACCUGUGAGAUGUGCGGCAUGGUGGGCGUCAGAGAUGCUUUCUACAGUAAGACCAAACGCUUCUGCAGCGUCUCGUGCUCCAGAAGCUUCUCGUCCAACUCCAAGAAGGCCAGCAUCCUCGCCCGGCUGCAGGGGAAGCCUCCCACUAAGAAAGCCAAGGUUCUGCAGAAACAGCCUCUGAUGACCAAACUGGCUGCGUUCGCUCUGCAUCCAGCCAAUCAGAGCGGAGUGAAGAGGAGCAUAACUGUGGACAUGUUUGACUGGGGUCGUUAUCUUGGAGACGGAGAUGUAACGGGAGCUCCGGUCAGCUGCUUCAAACAUGUGCCGAUGGGGGCGUCGUGGGGGGGCGUCAGUGAAGGCGUCCGGGUGGAAGUCACCAACACUGACAGCAGUUUGCCCAUCAAGGUCUACUGGAUCGCUGGCAUCGUCAAACUGGCCGGUUUUAAGGCCUUAAUGCGGUACGAGGGCUUCGACAGCGACUCCACUAGAGACUUCUGGUUGAACCUCUGUGUGCCGGACAUCCACCCGGUGGGCUGGUGUGCUGCCGGAGGGAAGCCCCUGGUGCCCCCCCAGACCAUCCUGCACCGCUUCACCAACUGGAAGAGCUUCCUCGUUAAAAGACUGACAGGGUCCAAAACGCUGCCGCCAGACUUCCCCUCCAAGGUGCAGGAGAGCCUGCGUGUCCCCUUUAAGAAGCAGAUGCGUGUGGAGGUGGUGGAUAAAACUCACCUGUGUCGGACGCGAGUGGCUCUGGUGGAACAGGUGAUUGGCGGGCGCCUCCGUCUGGUCUAUGAGGAAUGUGACGACGGCUCGGACGACUUCUGGUGUCACAUGUUCAGCCCGUUGAUCCACCGCGUCGGCUGGUCUCGAUCCAUCGGGCAUCGAUUCAAACGAUCCGAUGUGUUGAAGAAGCUGAGCACUCAGACAGACGCUCCUGGGCAGCUGUUUGCUAAGGUGAAGGAGGUGAAUCAGAGCGGUUGCUGGUUCGAGGACGGGAUGAAGCUGGAAGCCAUCGACCCUCUGAACCUGUCAGCCAUCUGUGUGGCCACAGUGAGGAAGGUCCUGGCAGAUGGGUAUCUGAUGAUCGGUAUCGACGGUUCGGAGGCGGCUGACGGUUCAGACUGGUUCUGUUAUCACUCCAGCUCUCACUCCAUCUUCCCCUCCGGCUUCUGUGAGAUUAACAACAUCGAGCUGACGCCCCCCAGAGGUUACAGCUGUCUUCCCUUCUGGUGGUUCGAGUACCUGAAGGACAGCAGGUGUGUGGCAGCUCCUGUGAACCUUUUCAACAAGGACGUCCCUAAUCAUGGGUUCCGGCCCGGCAUGAAGCUGGAGGCCGUGGACCUCAUGGAGCCCCGGCUGGUCUGCGUUGCCACGGUGACCCGCAUCGUCCACCGGUUGCUAAGGAUCCACUUUGACGGCUGGGAGGACGAGUACGACCAAUGGGUGGACUGUCAGUCACCUGACCUGUACCCAGUGGGCUGGUGUCAGCUGACCGGGUACCAGCUGCAGCCCCCUGCUGUGACUGCAGGAGACCUGCAGGCAGCCUCCAAACAGAAGAAGAAGUCUCAGCAGUACAAAGGACAGAAGAAGAAGAGGAAGUUGCCGGUCACUAAGCUUCCCAUCAGCCUCUCUGGCGCCAUGGUAACGGGCGUCCCCAGGACCCUAUCAGGAGACGAGAAUGAGACGACGCCCAAUUACCCAUCAGCCCCCACUCCUGUAGGCCCAGAGAGCAGCCCACACACUGAGGGGGGGGCAGCCUCUCAGCUGAAAGAAGACGAGAACACAGACUUUUAUUCUGAAAGGACGGAAACACAAACCAACGGAUCUUCUGGAGAGCACCCUCCUCUUCAUCCUCCUCUUCCUCAUCCCCCCAACCAGCACCAGACCGUUUGUUUGAGACAACAACAACAACAACAACACCACGUCCCUUUGGUGGUCUUGGGGGGACCAGAACCAGAUCACGGACACAUUGAUGGAUGAAGAUCGUUAUUGAUCUUGUGUGUGUGUGUGUGUGUGUGUGUGUGUGUGUGUGUGUGUGUGUGUGUGU